GUUUCUCGUGCAGUCGACUGUUGUCAGCAUUGGAUGUAUGAAAGUCUUAAUACAGAGAAAUAUUGCACCCAGCUGCAAGGUUGAGCAGCUAGGAGAUAACAAGAUGUUCAAGUUAUUUUCUUCAGGAUUUGUGGAAUCUGAAGAGUAUAACCCAGAUAACCUGGAUCUAAGGUUUGAUGUGGCAUCAGUGUUGAAAGAACUCAAGAGAGGAAAGCGGCUGGUGUGCAACUUCUGUCGCAAGAAAGGAGCCACUGUGGGCUGCGAGGAAAGGGCCUGUCGCAGAAGUUACCACUACUUCUGUGCCCUCUGUGACGAUGCAGCCAUAGAAACGGAUGAAGUAAAUGGAGUCUACCGAGUGUUCUGCCCAAAACAUGACCCAGGCAAUAGGACCAAUCACUAUGAUACAGCUAAUAAGAGGAGAAGACAUACGUUGAAAUCUUCCACCAUCACAGAACAAAUGAGCACACGAGAGACAGCAGAAGAAAACAGUUUACGAAUACUAAAAAGAAAAAACAACAGGCAUAAAGUGCAAAUAGACUUUCUUAGGAAAUGCAAGCAAGCUGGGCUCCUGGAUGACAUAUUUGAAGAAAUGCUGGACACACUUCACCUGGCACAGGAAAAACUGAUGGAUGACAACACUUCAGAAACAGAAUUCUCUCUAACAGUAAUAUCACUCUUUGACUGUGGACUGUUUGAAAAUAUACUGACCAAUAUUCACUCAGGAACAGAGGAAAAAAUCCAGGAACUUCUGGAAAGCAGAAAAAAACUGGAUACUAAGAUUGAGCUACUGCAGGACUUGAAAGAAGUCGUCCUUCCUACCCAAGACAACACUGCGAGUACAUCUAGUACAAUGUCUGAAUAA